CCCUCACUUGCUUUUCUCCUUGGUUUGUUAACGAAAGAGAUCGGAAGCCUCCUUUAGUGUGCACACAGAGACAGCAAUGGCAUUUCGAUCUAUCAUCUGCAGAAAAACCCUAGCAUCAGUUUCAGGUUUUCAGAAAGAGGCAAGAAAUAUUGGUUUAGGGUUUCGCCAUGCUCGUGAGUUGCAGACGUUUACCCUUCCUGACCUUGCUUACGAUUAUGGUGCUCUUGAACCCUUCGUUAGUGCGGAGAUUAUGAAACUACAUCACCAGAAGCAUCAUCAGACCUACAUAACUAACUAUAAUAAGUCUCUCGAACAGCUUGAGGAAGCGAUGGCCAAAGGCGAUUCGUCAACUGUGGUUAAGUUGCAGAGCGCCAUCAAAUUCAAUGGCGGAGGUCACAUCAACCAUUCAAUCUUCUGGAAAAAUCUUGCUCCUGCAAAUGAAGGUGGUGGUGAGCCUCCAAAAGGUGCCCUUGGUUGGGCUAUUGACGAAGAUUUUGGUUCCCUGGAAUUUCUGGUGAAAAAGAUGAAUGCAGAGGGUGCUGCUUUGCAGGGCUCUGGGUGGGUGUGGUUAGGUCUAGAUAAGGAGUCGAAGAAGCUUGUGGUUAAAACCACCCCAAAUCAGGAUCCGCUGGUAACGCAAGGGCCAAGUUUGGUUCCUUUGCUGGGAAUAGACGUUUGGGAGCAUGCUUACUACUUACAGUACAAAAAUGUGAGGCCCGACUAUUUGAACAGCAUAUGGAAUGUUAUGAACUGGAAAUAUGCCGACCAAGUGUUCGUCCAUGAGAAAGAGUCCUGUUGAGGUCAGGAAUUUUCUACGCCCCAUUCACUUUUUAAGCGAUAGCAGCUUACGUCUAUCUGUGUGCAAUGCGGAAUAAGUUUUACGUUUUGUGAGGUUGGAGGAAGGGGUGUUCUUUUGACAUUUGUGUUUCUUGUUGCUGUGGAGACAUGAUAUUUUCAAAGUUUCAAUGGUGUAAUCCUUUCCAUCAUGGUAGGCUAAAUAGUUGUAGGAAGGUUAUGAACAGUUCUUAUGUGUUUUC